AUGGCUAUCUUGUAUACGCAAAUUGUUCGACUUAGCGAUAAACGGGUGGUUGUUUCGGCCGAAUGUCCAUUAUCUCGGCAUUUUGAAAGUAAGCACAAAAACGUGAUUGAAGAUAUGCGGAAGGUAGCCGAAGAGUUUGUAAACGAAACGCACUUCUGUAGCACGAAAUCAUCCUCUGAGGACAUUACUAUCUACUUUAAGCAGUAUCAGAGUAUUCUUAUUCUUGCAGCAGUGGAAGUAGGACUAUCAAAGACUUCAGUAUCUUUGUACUUUGAACGACUCAGAGACUUGUUUGUAGAAGAUUAUGGAGUGGAUCUAUCCAAUGAUGGAGCAUACAUUCGCUUUGAGGAGGUAAUUAGAGAGGAAAGUAGAAAGCAUAGUAAAGACAAAGGUCUAGAAGAGACUAUUGAUACUCUUCAAGAGACAAAAGAAGUCUGCAUUAAGAACUACACGAAUGUCCUCCAAAGAGGACACAAGAUAGAGCAAUUAGAAGUCCUGGGCCAGCGAUUACAGAACGUAUCUGAGAAGUUCCGCAAGCGCAGUCGUAAAAUGCAUAUUGAGUCCAUUGCCGCCCAAUACUUGUUCUAUGCCGGUCUGAUCAUUCUACUCUUCUUAGUCCUUUACUUCUUCAUGAGACACUAA